AUGAACCAGAACAAAUCCGCCUCCAACGAUGGGACCGAUUCGCCUCCUCGUCUCGUCAGGACUAGUUCGCCGCCCGGCAGACGCCAGACAUCUCUCCCUGCCCGCUCCCCGCCCUCACGCCUCACCGGAGCCAGCUCCGCCGCCUCUCCUGCCGGUAACCCCUGGGUCUCCCCCCGAGCGAUCUCCCCCGUGGAACGCACUGGGCUCUCUUACGCUGCUAUGGCGGCAAGGCCUCUGUCACCUUCGCUCCCGGCCCCGAACCAAGUGCCGGCUACCGCCUGCGACAACCUCGAGACCGAGAACGCCACCGCCGCCACUGCAGUCGACGCGAAUUCCGCAAAGGAUGACAAUGGGCCCGCGUCAGUAGAAGUAGCAGCAGUUGAGGGAGGCAACGACGAAGAGGUCGUCGUUAAAACCGAAGAAGCGGAGACCAUGCUAGACACCUCCCGCACGAGGUCCGGAAAGAAAUUGACGGCCUCUAAACAGAAAGCCAAAAAGCAGAGGGCCAAAAAGAGCGCGGCGGUAACCGGCAAGGCAAAACUGUCGGUGGGCGAAGGACACCCGGCUGCCACCUCCUCUACAGCCGCCACCUCCGCCGCCAUCGUGCCAGCGCCCGAGGCCGCAGACCCACCGACGACCACGACACGGGCGGUCAGCGACACGCGCAAGCGCCGCCGUGUCUCUACCGACGUAGACGGGACAACAGCGCAGACCAGCGCCAUACCUCGCAUCCAGGACCCAGUCGUCGCUCCAACGCUCCCUGUGACACCCACCCAACGCGCCGGCGCUGCGGUGAUCUCGAUCUCGUCUUCACCGAUCAUUGAUGACCUCCACGACCCACCAGCGGCUACGACGUCCGACAUGGAGAUAGACGACGUCGUCAUGCUCGAAGGCGACGAAAUCCCGCUCUCCACGGGGCAAAUCCGUAUGUUCUAUGGCUUGCACCCUACCUACACCGCUGAUGAGUACCGUCCUCGUCCCAUCUUCGCUGCACCGGGAUGUCUAUCAGGACCUGGCGUCCCCGGUGCACAACCACCGCGCGUGCGUCAAGCUCCGGGCGCAACCUAUAUGGUCCAACGCUUUCUGGAGGAGCAAUCGCAGCAGGAGACGAGUCCGUACGUCUUGGUCCGCGAGGACUUCGCAGGAGGAAACAUUGAGGACUUAUACACUCCGGCGACAUCCCCGCGUCUCGCCUACGCCAAAAUACCGGUUGGACCGCCUCCCUCUCGGGAACCGUCAGCUGCGUUCAACCUCAGCGCCGACAUGAACCCCUUCCUCGGCAGACAGGGAGACCCGCUCUCCCCAGCGCUCUACACGCCCAAGGUUCACGACGCGCCUUUCUCCUCUCUUGAUAAAGGAAAGGCCCCGCAACGUAAUGCGACGGCCGGACCGUCGAACGCAUCCCGAGACGUUGAUCCCGCUACGUACCAGCGCCCUCCUCCUAUCGUCCCGCCCACUUUUUCCCACCCACACCCGGUACACUACGCCCCUGGCCCUUUCCCUAACUUCCCACCUGCGCCUGUCACGCCUAUUUUCCCCACUGAGCCUACCAUACAUCACUUCCUUCCCAUCCCGCCCGCUGAGCCCGCUAUUCCCGCCGAACCCGCCUUCCCGACGGGUCCUAUCGCGCCGCUUCCACAGGCGCACGGUUUCUCCGCCCCAGGCGCGAUGACGCGGCCCCCGCCUGGCGGAUGGCUACCGCUCCAAGGCGAUGAUUUCUUCUGGCCUUACGGAAACAUGGAGCCGAGCCAACUAGCUGUAUGGACGACUGAUCCCGAGCCAUGCGUUCUCCUCCACUUCCUGGGCCGCAGCGGGAACGACCCCGGGAACCACGGACGCGUCACCAUGGCGCAUACGAUCCUUAGGAAAGUCUACGACAUCCGAUCUGCCUCGAUCACGCAGCCCAUCGCUGCGAACCCCCAACCUGCACCGAAUGCGUACCCAACUUUCUACCGCGUCAGUGACAUAACAAUUCCGCAGCGCGACGCUCUACUCCGAGACCAGUGGAUCUCCACAACGGACGGCACCAUCGGCAUAAUUGCAGCCCCCCAUGAGCCUCCUACGUUCAUGGGAGGAUUCCGCUAUCCGGGACGACUGGCGCGCACGUCUUCGAACGAGGACAUCGCAAGAGGCUUCCAAGACGGCUUCGAGUCUGAGGACCUCGGGCCAUACAUCACCGCGCUCAUCACCGCCGACAUCAGGUCCGGCGGCAGAUGGCGGCACCUGUCCGUCGACGACGCACGCCGCCUCGUACUCCAAUCCAUACGCGUCCGACAAAUCCGGCUACGUGAAGGACAAGACGAGGAACCGAUCGCGCUGCUCUACGUCGAAUCCCCCACUGCUGACGCUGCGGAGUGGAUCAACUUCCGGGACCGCUCGCCUGCACCCUGCCGUCCACGCCUGGAUGGCACGGCCCCUCCAUCGCUGAAGCUCGCGAGUCCCUCACGAGAGACCGCCGAGGACAAGGCAACGGACAGAACGGAAGAGGAGGUCGUGGUGGUCGUGGUGGACGAGGCGGUCGCGGCGGCAGAGCACGGGGAAAUGGCUCUCGCGGUCGUCGUAACGGUAUGA